AAGCUGAGAAAGAACAAUAGCUACGCUGAUACACUGCUGUGGAGUACUUAACAUGGAUGCCCAGUCGGACAGCUGCGUGCCCCCACCAUGCGAUCUUCAGCCUCCAGGUGAAAGCGGACUCAAAUCACCCCCAUCACGGAGCAAAACCCUAGAUGGAUUAACAGAUACAAUGGGUCCAGAAGCCGGAGCAGAAUCAGUGGAUUUAGACAGCCACAAAGAGGAUGCUGCAUUUGAUCAAUCAACAAACAUGAAGAAUAAUAUGGAGUCAAUCUCAACUAGACAAUCCAUCUCUUCUCUUACUUCUGCCAAAUCACUAAGCUUCCUUAGCAUGCUUCGGCGGAAUCGGAAAGGAGGAGGGGGAGAAAGAGAAGCCCAAACUGAAUCUCACAGAUCUGGCCAGCAAAGGAAAAGCAUAAAAAAUCUGUUUGGAAGUGUACGUUGGCACAGGAAAGACAAGGAGGAGGAAGAUGAAGUUGUACCUGGUCCUCCUCUCCUUGCUUCUCGUUCCAAUAGUGUAGAAAUUAUGAAGGAAAACAUGACCCUGACUCCAAGGCCUGCACGUCCCUUUGCAGAUGACUUAGAGUUUGAACAUCCUCCAUCACAGGAAAUUCAUAUUACCCCCGAGAACACUAAUAAGGUGAGUGGAGCUGCUAAACCAUUGACUAAUGACAGACUCAGCACACUACUUGGAGAUAUCUCAUCCAUUUUGAACUUGGACUCAUUAGCAGGUGAUAGUGACAUUGUUGCUGAUGUAGAAGCAGAAUGGAUCAAAGUCAGCAACCGUGUAGAGGUAGAAGCUGGAAGAGGUGAAGCUGUAAAUGUGGAGAAGGCUUUAUUAGCUCCUAAACCUACAUUUUCUUAUGCACCUACAUUUAGCUCUACUUCUUCCACUAUACCCUCUCCUACAACAAAACUUACUUCUUCAUGUAUACCUCCAUCUAUUACAAGCCCUACUAAACCUAUCCAAUCUCUUACAACAGAACCUGUCACAUCCCCUGUACUCUGCCCUGACACUUUCCCUAUCCUAUCCCCGAACAUCAUGUCUGUGCCUGUUACAGUCUGUAAGUCUCCUCCAACAACACCAAACCUAAUUGUUCUACCCAAACCUACUCUCACCAUUACAUCUACACCUACACCUGAACCAUCACCUAAUUCUUCCAUUACUCUUUUUCCUCCACCUUCCCCUGCAGCUGAUAAACCUGUUAUCUCAAUCACAGAAAAAUUUCUAGAGCCUGCUGCUGCUUUAGCCAUCAUAAAUGAGCCCACCCAUACCCCGAGCUCAACAACCAAACCUACCCCUGCUGCUCCCACAUUCAUAACAAGACCCAUUCAACCCAUAGCCCAAGAUACUAAGCACAUUAGUGCUCCAGUACCCAAAUAUCCCCCAUUCAUCACAUCAACCAAGCCUCUCCCAACCGCUCCUGUGAUUAGACCCAAAAUUGUAACUACAUUUGGAUUAUCAACCAGUCGCAACACUGCACCUAUUAUUAAAGCUGAGCCUAAGCAAUCUGCUCAACAAAUAAAAUUGGGUCCUUUUCACAUUGAAAAAAAUGGGUCAGGGACAGUUUUCCUAAAGGCUUCACCUUCAGAACCUGGACCUCCUCAUCUUGCUAAACCCUUGUUUGCAGCUAACAAUAAGCCAACUCAUUUGACUACAUCAACUUCUACCUCUGAAAACCCACCAUACUGGCCAGAAAUUGUUAAUGCACCCCUACCUUCUGGGUCCUCCUUGCUGCCAACCUUGACCAGGACUGCUCCAAACAUAUCACCCUGUUGUGUUCCAAGAGUUGAAGAAGGCCAAGAAGAUGUGGCAAUCCCAAGGGUCCACCAGGAGGGUACACAGCCGCCUUCUUCUUACAAACUGGAGAAAAAUACACUAUUUAUGAAGACCACAACUUUCAGUAAGAUCCCAGUAAGUGGUGGAGGCAAGUUGAAACAUCACCAAAAAGAUGCUCAAUCCAAUGGUGAAGAGAGACAGUGGAACCUCCCAACCCCAGUGCAUGAAGAGGAGACAUUGAUUUCUCCCACUCAACAGAGUAUCAGCAAGGAUGCCCUGAAUGAGCUCUGUAUUGAUUCUGAGGGCAUUAAUCCUACAAACAGCAAUGAUAAUGAAGAUAUGCCAGACUCAGCAGCUCACCCUACAAUAGGGUCAGUCAACAUACCCCGGGAGUCCAGAAUUCCUAUCAAACCUGGUUCUACUCCAACCUACCACUCUUUACAUGGGAAAACAGAGUUAGCACGUUCAAAGAUCCCUGUCUCUAAAGUGCCCAUUCGCCGAACCAGCAAUAAGACUGGAUCCACUUCCACAGCUGUGGCUCCUCGAAAAUAAUGAACUAUUGUAUGCUAUAUUGCAAAACAUUUACAUGCAUUAUUCCAUUUACUACCUUUCAAACCUUUUUGAUAUUUGGACAUAGAUAAUAUAUCCAUACUAAUAUAUUGGACAUGAAUACUU